CACUUCCAUACGGAGCUACACUGAAACGGCAUUCUCCCCUUUCCCGCGUUCUGAUUUGCGAAAUUUUGGGUACGAAAGAUUCAAAAGGAACAACAAUAAACACUUUCCUCUACAUACUUUGAAUCUACACUCAGUUUCUAUUUCCAUGUGUAUGAGGUCACACUAACAAUGGUUGACUCGAAGCGAUGGACGGUGACGUACACAAAACACAUCAACCAGAAACGCAAGGUUUACCAAGACGGAUUCCUAGUGCUCAACGUUUCCACCAGCAAGUUGGCGCUGUACGAUGAAUGCGAGAAACUGUUAGAGUGUAGGCUCUUGAAGAACGACGAAGCUGUUACCUCCGGUGAGACUUUGGCGUUCAACGGUCACCUUGUUGAUAUCGGUAGUCUUGAGGGAGAAAACAAGCCUCAACCUGAUUUGAACGUUGAUAGAAAACACAUGAAUGUUUCGAGAUUAAAGACUCCUUCUGAUGUCAAAAUGAAUGCAAGGGAGUCUAUUGCACGGGCGCGAAAACCUCUCAGUCCGUCACAAAAAAUUAUCAAAGAAUUUAAGAAGAGAGAACUUCUUAAGUAUGCGUCACCAAAGAUCAGUCAGGAACAACCAAAACCUAGUACAACAGAGUGGCAAGUUCUAUACACCAAUCAACUGACUCAGAAGGCAAAGAAGUACCAUGAUGGUUUUUUAGGACUUGUUAUUUCCGGAUCUCGGGGGGCACAGGUUAGGCUGUUUGAUGCAAGCAGGAAUCUCUUAGAUAGCAGGUUCCUUAAGAACGAUGACAUAAUAAAACCUGGUGAAUCAAUUAGAUUUGAUACAUAUUUGGUUGACAUUAGUGAGGAUCAAGGAAGUCAUACACCAGGUUCCAAUGUUCAAAACGGCAAUUUCACUAAUUUAGAGAGAAUGGAGAAAAUAGACAGACAGAAAUCUCUUGACACUGAUACCCUUGUAACAGUUGGAAAACGUGAAUGGCAGGUUCUAUACACAACACAAUUAACUCAAAAAGCAAAAAAGUAUCAUGAUGGCUUCUUACAACUAGAGUUUUGUGGAUCUCUUGGCCGGCAGGUCGUAUUGUGUGAUUUGAGCAAAAGACCUUUAGAGCGCAGGUUUCUAAAGAAAGAUGAAGUUAUAAGAGCUGGUGAAUCAGUAUAUUUUAAUGGACAUUUAGUUGAUGUUGGAGAUCCUGAGGGAAGUGGUCAAUCUCCAGCGAAGUUGAGCGAACUAGGGAGUAGUGGUGAUAAUGUUAUUGAGAGGGGACAGCUAAGACAUGGACAAAAGAGCUGUCACAAGCUCUAUCCAUCUGCUGCUAAGGGACAACUUCCAAGCAGGCCUUGUCUUCGGCAAGAUGCAGGCUUGAACUCUCCAUUUGCGAAGAUCAAAGAGAUAAAAUCAAACAAGGCAGUCCCAGUAGUCAAGCCUUUACGUGACGGACAACCUCCAAGCCAGCCUUGUCUUCAGCAAGAUGCAGGCUUGAACUCUCAAUUUGCAGAGAUAGAAGUGAUAAAAUCAAACAAGACACUCCCAAUAAGCAAGCCUUUACGUGACGUCAAUCAAAUAUUGUCCUUUUUACAAGAUCCGAAGCCCCGUGAUUGUCAUGCCACAGGAGUCCAAUCUCCCAAUAAGGUAUCUCAAAAUGUUAUAACGAGGGAAUCAACAGAGACUAUGAAAUACCCCGAUAUUACAUCUACCCAAGCACUAGGUGGUGGUGGUAGUUCCCAGUUUAGUGAGACUGUCAAAAUGACCCUCCAGUCAUACUCAGACAAAGAAGCUCAGGAAGAUAUUAGUGAGACAAAUUUUGACUUAUUAAUAUCAAGUUCGGGUGGUCAUUCUUGCCUCAUUUCCCCUGAAGGAGAGAGUGCUGGGGAGUUUUCUGAAAGGGAGACGUUCCCGAGCUUUGACCUUGGAAUUUGACGGUAUGGGACACAAAGAUUGAGUACCUUUGAUGCUGACAUUUGCUUCCUCCGAUGUACUCUUAUUCCAAGUAUUGCGACUUUAACGAAAGGGGAUGUAUUUGCAAAUAUAUUGAUACCAAAGGUGAAGAUGAUAGUAGAGGUUAAAGAUGUAUAGAAGAUAUUAAGUGUAUGAUAUCUAGAGGACUGAGUCUUCUUUAUAAGUCUUCAAUUUCGGAUAAAUAUAGGUUUUCUUAAUUUCUCUUCAGCUUUUUUAUGGAUAAGCUGUCGGCUAAGACACCAUAAUCAGUUCUCUUUUGGUUAAUCAAUUAAUCUAGUAUCCUUAUCCA